AUGAUCAACAGUGCUCCUUACAAGAACUGAAGUCGGUAGCCACAGAGCCUCAAGUUGUUCCAUGUUCAGGGAACAACUGGGUCGUGACUUCUUGCCACGAUGAUGUUCAUAAGCUCCUUAUUACUCCUGUACACUUUACUACCUAUCACGACUCUUGCUUUCCCCUUAGAUUUGGAGCACAAGCAGCUGCCUGAUGCUCGUGAUAUCGGACAACAGCCUAUCUGUGUCCCGAUUCCUACCUUAUUCAGUCGACAGGAAGAUGUCGUUGCGAAGAUCCGACCCAGCGAUGGCAUCUGUCAGACAGAUGAAUACCUGGCGUUCUCAGGGAUAACCCCCAAUCCUAUGUUAGGAUCAAGCCUCGCAGCCCGCCAGGCAGAAGACCCCUACGCCUGCGGCGAAAACAAGCCGUGUAGUAACGGUGCCUGUUGCGGCAAAGGUGGCUUCUGUGGCUACGGACCGAAGUACUGCGGUACCACCGGCACGUCUCCGAACGAUGAUUGCUGGAGCAAUUGUGAUGCUCAUGCUGAAUGCGGUCGCUAUUCAGACCCUCCAAAGAAAACAUGCCCGCUCAAUGUAUGCUGCAGCCAGCACGGUUUCUGUGGCACGACGCAGGAAUUCUGCGAGAAGACUGAUGACGACGAGACCAGCUGUCAAAGCAACUGCGACCAGCCUGGUAGCGGUGCUUCUGGAGGCAAUGUCCAGAAGCGCGUCAUCGGCUACUACGAGGCAUGGAACUACAAGAAGAAAUGUAUUGGUAUGAGCAUGCAGGACAUCCCGGUUGGCAGCUUGACACACAUUUUCUAUUCGUUCGGUUACAUCCGCCCAGAUACGUACGAUAUCAUCCCUAUUCAAGAUGGCGGAGACCAAACUCUCAGUGAAGACACUUUGAAAGAAUUUGCCAGUCUCAAGAGGAGAAACCCGGCAGUCAAAGUGACCAUCGCUCUGGGUGGUUGGACGUUCAACGAUAACGGCACCAUCUGGCAACCAGUCUUUAGUGACUUGUCCUCAUCAAAGGAAAAGCGCAGUCGCUUCAUAGACCAGCUUACGAAGUUCAUGAAGCGCUUUGGCUUUGACGGUGUAGACCUUGAUUGGGAAUACCCCGGUGCGUCAGACCGUGGCGGCCACAAAAAUGACGGCGAGAACUUCACCAAGCUCCUCGAGGAAAUGCGCGACGCAUUUUCAGGCAAAUACGAGGUGUCUUUUACGGCACCCACUAGUUAUUGGUAUCUACGGCAUUUUGAUAUCAAGGGGAGUUCCGAGGCCGCAGACUUUGUCAACCUCAUGGCUUACGACUUGCACGGAAUCUGGGAUGCUAACAAUCCCAUUGGUGCCCAGGUCUUGGCUCAUACCAAUCUCACUGAGAUAGAGAACGCCCUGAAUCUAUUAUGGCGUAACGAGGUGAAGGCCGGCAAGGUGAACUUGGGGCUAGGCUUCUAUGGUCGGUCAUUUCAGCUCUCGGAUCCUUCAUGUUACCAGCCUGGGUGUAGUUUCAAAGGCGGUGCUGCGCCUGGGCCAUGUACUGACAACUCGGGUACCUUGUCGUAUGCGGAGAUUAUGGACAUCAUAGAUGAACACAACUUGACACCCUACUAUGAUGAAGAACACGCCGUGAAGUGGAUCACAUGGGGUGGCGAUCAGUGGGUAUCUUUUGAUGAUUUCGACACGAUCCAGCAAAAGAUCUCGUUCGCUAAUGGUGUUGGCCUCGGCGGUCUGUUGAUUUGGGCUAUUGACCUGGACACGAGACAGCUUGACGCUCUUGAAGCUGUCAUAUACCCCGAAAAACUCGGUAAUAUAGCAGCCGAUGAGUCGAUGGCCAAUACUUGGGAACAAGCCGGUGAAGGCCAUUGUCGUGUUACCGAUUGUGGGACGACUGGUUGUAAGACUGGUGAAAUCCCAGUCAAGACUACGCAGUGUAGUGACGAGAACUUCUGGACUGGAGAAUAUAAAGUACACACGCUGUGCUGUCCAUUUGCUUCGGCGCCAGACCCUGACAAAUGUCACUAUAGGGGAGGGUACCCAUGGUGUAACGGCCAAUGUCAUCCCGGCGAGGUAGCCCUUCAGUCCUCUCUGUAUGGCGACUAUGGGAAGUGCCUGGAUGGACGCAAGUUCUAUUGCUGUGAAGCCGAAGGUCAGGUUCCUGAUUGUCGUUGGACAGAUUGUGACGGGAGCUGCGAUGCUGACACCGAGAACGAGCUGACAUGGAAAUACGGCGGUUGCAGCAAGAAGAAGAAGAAGAAGUUCUGUUGCAGCAAGGAAGAGAGCUGGAAAAACUGUGCCUGGCAUGGAAAGCCGGGCAAUUGCUUCGAUAACCAUUGCGAAACGGGCUGGCAAGUAGCUCUCAGCACAGACUAUGAGGGCGAAGGUGAAAACUGCGGCUCUAAGGACCGCAAGAGAACAUUCUGCUGCGAUCCGCCCGACGGGAAAUCUCCGUUCUUACCCGUUCCGCUUGACUACCUUUUCAAAAACCCGCCACCCGAGGAAGAAGCCGAUACCGACUUCUCCCUCAAAGUAGAUCCAACGUAUGGUGGAACCAACAAUAUCCCAUUCACGGAGGAUCCGAAGAACGCGCCUUUUGGGUUCGUCGUCCUUACCAGUCCAGACGAGUUACAGGUGUCCUUGGACAAGCGUGAUGGCUCACAUUGGGAGGUCUUUGAUUGCUUUGAUGCCAUUACGGAGGGAGAGCACACAGUGAGAAUGAUGUGUACGGACCUGAGUGAAACGUCCAACUGCAACAAGAUCCAUCUUGGCCACGGCGCCCCCGGAACCAUAGUCGAGAUGCCAGAGGGCUGCGGUCCCGGGAAGUAUGCCGUAGUCAAAGAGAUGAAACCCAGCGUGAAUACGAAGCUGCCUGAUCAUUUAGUCAAACGUGGUGUUGAGGUGGUCAACACCAUUUACGAUUUGACAUUUGACUAUGACUUUAGGCGAGUGCCCCGCGACCUCGGCAACACCCAGAUGAGGAUUGAUUUCAGCAACGAGCAAAAAUAUUGGGAACGCGUUGUCGACAAAGCUGCCUCGCACAAGAAAUCCAGAAAACGCAGCCUGGAAGAAUUCGGAGGCAGCCACCGCCGUUGGCUAGAAGAAGAAUGGCGCGACGACGUCCACUUUGGAGGUCUUUCUCAGGAGGAGCUACACAAGAGAUGGUUCGGAAGCGACAUCGUCGAUUGGCUAAAGGGACUCAUCAAUGGCGUACAAGGUGGACUCGAUGUCAGUCAUACAUACAGCGAAGACUUCAUUCUCAAAAUCAUAGAUCAGAGAUUGAGUUGUCCAAAUUUUGCCGCCAAGCUGGAUGUUCGUGCUGAGACACACAUCGAUAUUGAUGUCAACUACGGCUUCACCCUUAUCGCCACGCUGGGAAGUCCUAUAGAUCUUAGCAACUCCUACCUAUACUUCCGAACCAAAGGGGAGGCCAAUGCUAAAUUCAUCAUCGACGCAGCCGUUACGGCCUUCUUUGAUACGGGAGAUGUUCUCAUGUUCUCGGCCGAUAAAUUCGGUGCUGCAUUCUCGGUUCCCGGAAUUGUCACCAUCGGCCCCAAUUUCAAACUCUUCGGAAGACUUGAAGGCCAAGCAACCUUGGGUGUGAACUUUGAAAGUCGCGUCAAACUGGCUGAGUGGGACGUACGCCAAACAUACCCUGUUGCGAAUGACGAGUGGGACCCCGAGGCUUCCAAGAGUCCAAAGAAAGACGGUACUCAGAGUGUUCUUGAUCCCAAGUUUGACUAUGGAUUAUCCCUCGACGGUCAUCUCACCGCCCACAUUAAGCCGACCAUCACCUUCGGCAUUGAUUUCAACGAGGAUUUCAUUAAGUUAGACAGCUGUGCCGUCAAUCUCGUAGCCGAUGGACAUGUCACCUUCCACGCCGAGCUGAAAGUUGGCAGCGAGUCGUCCUUCUGCUAUGGGGUUGACGCUGGUGCCGACCUAUACGCGACUCUUGAUGCUCCGGAUGCCUUCAAGUGGGCACUUCCCCAGUCCCCGUUCCCCAUCACCAGAGUAGACGAUGUGCAAAUUUACCCUACCAAAAACGAACAAUCUUGUAUAGAUUUAUUCACAAAGCGAGAUGCCAAGUUACAGUUCCUUGAUUCGAAUGCCACGAUACCAAUCUCUGCUCGAUCUGGGCCCGAUCUCGCUCUAAUUGAGGACGGCUCAAGCCCGCAUAAUGUCAUAGAUAAGAGAGCAAAGUCAUAUGGCCCACUCGUUUCGCGUAUAGAUGGCCUCGCCUGUCCUGGUGAAAUUGAUGUUGGCGAGAUCCCAAGCUGUCCACUAUGCGAGGACGAGGAUGAAGCCGGACUUACCAAGCGGGCUGAAGCAUGUUGGUUUGACCCCGAAGCCAAAGGUGAAAGAUGCGAGGCGACUUUAUCGAAUAAGCGCGACUCAGAGAACGAAUUCCUGUUUCUAGGCAACAAGACAUUGUCUAUCGCUGAAUCCGAGGGAGAGGCUCACUGGCUCGAGAAACGCACAAUCAAGGAGGUGUCAUGGCCCUAUCAUGGGGGACCGCCAAUAGGUCUUCCAUGCGGCACGUAUAAGCGCUGUGGACUUGCCCACAAGCAACCUGGAGUCAAUAAAUGGUUUGGCUUCAGGGGUAGCGACAAAACAUGUGGGUUAACCAUUGAGAAGCUUGACAUAGACGAGACAGACCCGUCUAAGUACGUUACCGAGCAUAUUUAUGAAGUUCAGCUUCUUGGAAUUUUUUGGAUGUGGUUGAUCCAUGGUACGAUGCCCGCCGGUUACACCAACGCGGGAGAAGACUGGGUGAACGAUAUCGUCAUUGGUGGCCUCGGUGGGCAGAGGUCAGCACUUAGACAUAGUCAAUGGACUGAGAACUCGCUCUUUUUCGAGAUGACGCACGGUCUGGGUGGUGACCACAACCCAGGCGGACUUGCACUCACCUGGGCCGGCAUUAACGGGCGCAAAGAGGUCUUCUUUCACGGCAACAUGCCAGCCUCGACCAAUGACGAUACUAACCUCAAAACUAGGCAGAAACAUCGCCACACGGCAGCUGUCUUCUCAUACAUGCGUAGUAGCUGGAUUUGGCCGAAGUUUGUGGCGUCCUCGCAGUUCAUGGAGCAAAGACUACACGAAUUCGACGAGCUUUACACAUGGGGAAGUGAGGCAGACGAACCGGGCAGGCCCCAGCGAGCCACCGGGCAACCUGCGGCCGGCCUGCGUGACCUGUACUGCUACUGGAUUGACGACCACUUGGGUAGCAUUGAGGCCGAAGCCGAACGGUGGUGGAAUGCUGCACGCCCCCAGUUCGAAGCCAGGUAUGGUAUGGAUGACGAUGGCAUCAAGUGGCUCAGGAAUGUCUUUGUGAAAGGGGGGCCCAUCUCCAUCGACAAGAUGAAAUUCCUGCGCACGACUAGGCAGCACGCGAGACCCAACCCGGGGAAUCCUAAGAUCUGGGCAACGAGCAAUUAUCAGGACUUAUGGGUUGCCGGGACAGGAACUGAUUUUGGCGCAGCAGGACCUUUCUGAGCAAACUUUUGUAUACUAUGAAUAAGUCGGCGUUGGAUACAUACCUACUUAUCUAAUGAUGACCUACUGUAAGAUUAUAUCUAGGCUGUUUGUAAUAAACAAUCAACGCCCAGAAUAUGAAAGUACUCGAAUCGAAAAUGUCAGAACACCACUCAGCGAAAGUAUGCGACGAAAAGUUUUA